GUCAGAAAAUAUGCUGUGUCACUGUUCUAAGAAAAAAUAUCGUACUUUGCUCUCAUAAGCGGAGUAAAACUGCCUUCAAUGACUGAUUAUUUGUUGCAAUCAUGGCUGAAAUGAGCAAAUAUGUUGACAUUGGCGGAGAAAGAUUUGCCCUUAACGAAAUCCCGAAUGCGAAAACUAUUUUGGUUACUCGUGCUAUAGACAGAUUUCAUAACCCUUAAGACUUGAACGAAAUUGUCACCGAUCUUUCCGAGCUUGGAAACUUCAUUCAUGUAGCGUGCAAUGGAGUCGCGGUUGACACCGAGCUUCAGAUUGCAAUCGAACGCACUGGUUAUGAGAUAAGAAAACUAGCAGACAAGUCGGGUAAAACCGUUCACAGUUUCCAAAUCAAAUCGAGGGGUAAUCUGAAAAAGCUAAAAAGGGCUUAUCGGUAUCUCUUGAAUGGAAGGAAGGUUAAGGCGCUUGUCAAACUCUCCGGUUUAGCUUCAUCGGCUGAGGAGACGGAAAUGGUUUCUAAAGAGCUUCACAAGGACUUUACAAAGCAAGUUCAGAUAAUAAGUAAACAUCGAACGAGGGCAAUCCAACUCCUAAAACGUUUUAAAGAAGAAAAAAAGGAAUCGGAAAAACAACGGGAGGAAUUCGAAAUACAGUUGAAAAAGGCACAACAAGAGAAAAGAUACUUCAAAAAGGCUGAGAGAAAGGCCGAUAAGAUGUAUGACGAGGCUCAACAGCGCCAAAAUAAAGCCUAUGGAGACCAUCAUGGUGACGCCAUGACAACUUGGACUGAUCAUCCGAUCUCAAAAUUGGCCAUUACCGUCUUUGGACGUAUAUUGGUAGCUUUUUUUCCAAUCCCUCAAAAGUCGUUGGUACAAACUUCCGAGACUGGAGACAAACUUUUCUACAAAGAGGUCAUGGAUAAAGCCGGCGAAGAAAAAUUCAAGCAUUUAAAGAUGAAGAUGAAACAACUAGAUAUGAGACGAGAAGCGAAUCAGCAGUGUAUCGAGUUUGCCGAGCGAAUCAAGAACUGUCAAAGUGGUAUUGAAGAUACACAAUCCGUCAUUGAUGCCCUGAACAACUCUGUUGGUGCGUUGAAAUCUCUCUAUAACAUCAUGAUGAAUGCAGCUCUGUUUUGGGAGCAAAUGCAGACACACUGCAAAGCCCUUCCUCCUGGGAAAGACUUGCAAACCCAGGUCGUCAAGUAUGGCAAUGCAAAAAAUGUCUGGAAGUUUAAGAAAAACGCAAUGAACUACUGCGCUAAGUGGGUAGCUUUGGUUGAUGUAUGUGAUAGAUACAGGCAGAUCAAAACAAACCGCACAUAGAGACUUGUUCCACAGAAGAUCAAAACAAACCGCACAUAGAGACUUGUUCCACAGAAGAGAAUCAAACCAUAGAGCAGUCCCUCUGCAAUUCUUGCGACACGACAUCAUUGAUAAAAGAUUUAUAAAAAGCCCAGCUCAAUACAUCUAACUAUGUAAUUAAUCACAUUUUGAAAGGCAUGAAAACUGACUAUCGAUAUUACACCGAGAAAGAAAACUUUCUAGUAAAAUCAGCAUUAGAGUAAAUUCAGAAUUGUAUCAACUUAUUCAGAAAGUCUUGAAUUUUAUCAUUUAUUAUCAUACUUAUGAUGCAUGCUGCCCUAACACAGCUGUAGUCAGAAAAUUAACGAAUAAAUAUGCAAAUUAAAAUGAAACAAUAGUUGUUUACAAAAGAUCUUGUCAUUUGAAUGGUCAGCCCCUUCUGUAUUAAAGUCAAAACAAUCUAGCUCCUUGAAGGAAUAACCUAGAAAAAAAUAGCUUCAGUAUCAUACCUAGAGCACAAACACAGCUGUUGCUGAUUUUCAAUUUUUCUCUCGAUCGUGAAAUGAGAAUGAAUUUAUAUGUUAAAUGAAUUAAUACAUCAGAAAUGUCACAUUUAGUUUUAUAAUCCUAAUAAAAUGUUGCAGUCAUUCUCAUGCAAAUGGCACGAUUGUGGACAUUGAAUUUCAAGUGGGAUUAACUUCAGUUUCCGAAAAUGUUUGGAGUGCUGGAGAACCAUAUGGCGGGGAAUCCCCCGAGAAAUAAAGAACAAAGCUAUCGCCGCCAUGUUGGAUGAAUGAACAAGAGAAACUAAUGAGGAAUGCUCUGUGAUUUUCAUCCAAUAUGGCGGUGAUGACGUAACUUGCACGCCAAGAAUAACUGUUUGUAAGAUUCAGGUUUUUCUUGCUUGACGUGCAUCUGUCCUUGAGCAACUGAGCUGGGAGCAACGAAGGAGAUGAUUGUCUAGGUGCUUAAGGCAGCUGAGUGUUGGGACGACAUCGCUUCGUUCUGCGACAGUGCCUCAAUGAAAUCUGAACAUCUUGCAAGUGUAAUGCGUUCCGCGGCAUCGAAAAUGGAGAAUACAGUGAAAAUACUAAGAAGCAGGGGCACGCAGACCUUGGUGAGAUCCUUCAAAGAUAGCUGGCAAGAAUUCGAGGAAAUGAUUCGAACCAACGAUCUUGUGAUCGCAGGGUUUCUCGAAUUUGGGCAAACGGGCAUGGUUACUAAUUCUGUAGAUUCAAGAACCCUUACUCUUAAUACAGUCGCCAUAUUAAUGGCUUUCGUUGCWUUUUUUGGCUGUUUUUCUGUUAUCCAAGGAACUUACCUGACAAUCCAUUCAAUUGCUGUAGGUUUGGCUAUAUUUAUCGCUAAGAUUGUAGGGGGUUUGUAUUCCAUCGUAUAUUUCAUAAUAUACAUUUUUUGGUAUCUUGUUUACCUUUUGUAUGUCAUUUUGGGCUUUGUAAUCUCGUUUAAGAUUGUAAAAGUUGGCGCACUGUUAGCCAGUGUCGGUGGUGCAGUUUAUGCUUGCAAACAUGGUUAUUUGGAAAAGCUAAAACGAAAACUUCAAUCAAUGAUGUAAGACACGAUCCCAAACUACCAUCCCAGGGGAUUAAGGACAUACUAGUAGUAAUUUAGAUAUUUUGUUAAUGUAAGACACGUUGCCUCACCCUACCAUACCAGGGGAUUAACGAGAUACUAGUAAUUAGGCAAUUUAGUUGUUCAUGUUGUAUUCCUAACUGCUGUAACGAGAGAUAAAUUAAUAUCUAAACAAUCAGUUUGUACAAGACGACCUGAAGGUCGUUGAUACGUAGUUCGAAAAUAAAUGAUAUAAAACUUG